AUCAGCAUCGAUCAAAGCCAAACGUUCACUAGCUAGUUGCUUGUGCAACUAACAAUCGACAGCUUCCGAAACCCGCUGAAUCCGAAUACGCAAUGUAGGCAUCGUGUCAUUAUUGCUCCGGUCGCACAUCAUACUCUUUCAAAAUGACCAUAAAAUCUAUCGGGAGAAUGAUUUCCAAGCAUACCGUUCGUCAGCUCAAAUUUAUCAUCCCCGGAGCUGCAAUCACGUAUGCAUUCAACACCCAUCGCGUCUUUCUGGAGUUGUUAACUAGACAAGGUGUAAAAGGACAGUGGGGAAGACUGUUUGCCUUUACUUCCAUAGGCUUUGAAGGACUUGUAAUCAUACUUUUCCUUUACGUCCUUCUGGUACCGUGGAUACAUGGCCUCGAACCAGAUUACCAGUCUUGGCGAGACUCUGGAAUACUCUCUUCUGUCAUUCCAAUCUUGACCACCGCGAUCUUGGUCGGCUGGUCACUUCUGUCCUUUACCCUUGGGAGGUGGUCUAAUUUGGGAUACCUAGAAGGAGUAGUAGGGGCGUCAGGCUUGUAUGCACUCACAUUUGGACUAUUAGGUCUUCUUCCUGCCCCAAAGGUUCACCGCUCAUGACACUAUAAGUAAGGACUGUAAUUACCGAGCUGUCUGAUAGUUCAAACGUUCAGGUACUACGUACGCUACAGCAGGUUACCCUCUCGCGAUCAAUCAAUCAUUCACAUGGACAUAAUGUGUUACUAAUUUAUGUGGUAUGCAACAUUACAUCGUACUUGGAAAUUAUAUAUGUGUAGCGGCGAGAUGACAUAUACCCCGCGCGGUCGG